AUGUUGAAGCAAUCACCAGUUUGUUCCAUUUUCUUCACUGUGCUAAUUGCCUCAGUGCAUGUACUGCUGGUCAAGGCAGCAGUUGACCCAGUCAAAGCCAGUGGGCAUGAGCCAAUUCUUGAGAUGUACAUGCAUGACAUUCUUGGGGGCAGCAGCCCUACAGCUCGGCCAAUCACUGGCCUACUUGGCAACAUCUACGGAGGGCAAGUGCCCUUUGCAAGGCCAAUAGGGUUCCUUCCCCCACAAGGUGGCGUGGCCAUCCCCAAUGCCAAUGGUGCCCUCCCAACUGUCAAUGGCCUCAAUGGCAUUCCACUUGGCACUGGCUUAGCUGACACAACAUUUUCAGGAAAACCAAGUGGCCAGGCCCAAACCCAGUUGGGCCCUGAUGGGCUGGGCCUGGGCUUUGGAACCAUCACAGUCAUUGAUGAUAUUUUGACCACAGCACCUGAGUUGGGCUCACAGACAAUUGGGAAGACUCAAGGAGUUUAUGUGGCAAGUUCAGCUGAUGGAUCGUCACAGAUGAUGGCUUUCACAGCCAUGAUUGAAGGUGGUGAAUAUGGUGACACCUUAAACUUCUAUGGCAUAUUCAAAAUUGGAAGCCCAAUGUCACAUUUGUCAGUGACAGGAGGCACUGGAAAAUUCAAGGGUGCAAGUGGGUUUGCUGAGGUUAGGUCACUUAUACCUCCUGGUCAACAUGUCACUGAUGGUGCUGAGACAUUGCUGAGGAUCAUUGUGCAUCUAAGCUACUGA